GGGAAGGGGGCAAUAUCAAUAUCAAUGAAUUGAGCAAUGGCGAAUUAACUUUACCUCACAGUAUGAUCCAACCUUAAAAUAUCUUACGAAAUAUUUUAUCGAAGGGUUGUUGAUUUCUAACCAUGGCCAGCUCUCGUCUAAUUUGCCUCUUGAGACCUGCCUCCUAUUCUGAUGUAUUAGUCAUGCAAUCAGUCGGAACUUGGAACAAGAGAAUGAUCAGCAGUGCCGCUGUGUGUUGGCCCCAUAACUCCAGCAGGAGAAAUUGUGUCACUGGCUUUCGAGGUGGCAACUUGCCCAUCAGUCCGUUUUUAUCAAAGAAUCAUAGAUUGGGUGCAAUAAGCCAGUUUUACAGAUACAAUGCUAUCAACCCAAAGGAAUAUAAAUCAUCUGAUCUGAAAUCCGUGUCGUCUCAAUCAGAUUUACCCAAAUCUGGGUCUCCUAAACUGGAUUCACCUCAAUCAAAGCCUGCAGAAGAAGCUGAUGAAUUAGAACAAUUUCAAAAAUUAUCUUUGUAUCAAAGAUUGAAGGCCAUGUACAGGGACUAUUGGUAUGUCUUAGUCCCUGUACAUGUGUCAACCUCAAUAGUUUUCUACGGUUGCUUUUAUUAUGCUGCUUCCAGUGGCAUCGAUAUCAUUGCAAUCUUAGAAUCACUUCAUUUCAGCGAAAGUGUAAUCAGCAUCUUGAGAGAUUCCAGUGCUGGAUAUUUUGCAGUUGCCUACGCUUUGUAUAAGAUUUUCACCCCUGUCCGUUAUACUGUCACACUAGGUGGAACAACAUGGGCAAUCAGAUUUUUGAAAGGAAGAGGUUUAAUCAAACCUAGGCGACCACUUAAAGAAGCUAAAGAAAAAAUGCAGGAAAAAUUGUCAGCUAUGAAGAUGAAGAGAGAGAAAGAAAAGGAGCGAUAGACUUUGUAAUAGCAAAGGUAGAGUUAUUGGUCAAGCCUAUUGUAGAGCUUUGUCAGAUCUACCCAUCAAGUUGGACAAUAAAAAUGCAAAAUCUCUAAUCAGUAUGGUGUUGGAAUAAUGAAAGCACAUGUGCUAACCAGAUUAUGUAUCUGAUCUGAUUUUGUAGUGCAGAAGAGAAGGCUAAUUUUGUGCAUGGUUAACAUUUUGAAAAUUUGUACUUACUACAGAUUCAGAUUAGUGGUUUAUGUGUAGCAGAAUGUGUAAGGACAAUUAACUGUGAUACUAAUGUUGAAAGAUAAAUUGUACUUUAGCCACCUGUUAAACCAUUUUCUGUUGGCAACUAUAAUUAUGUUAGUCCCCAUUUCCCACCAUUCAAUCCAUCUGUUAAUCCACUAGUGGAUGAAUUUUUCUAUUUUGUUGUUUUCUUUGUUUUCUUGUUUUUAUUAAUUCUUUGAGAAACCCUUUGAUUAGGAAUGGUGUUACAAUUUUACAAUCAAUCAUCAAUUAUCAUUUUUUUUAAAUGAUGGGGGUCUGAGGCAUACUUCAACUAAAGUGCAAUAAAUUGGUAAUUUCAAGAACA